UGCACGCUUUCAUCGCUGCUGGUAUCAUAGUCUGAAACUAAAUCUUCAAGCAGAAUGUACUGCUGGACUCUUUCUUUUUGCAGUUGGUUCAUGAAGAAAUUCGUCUUAAACCUUGGAUCUAACAAAGUUGAUAUCAGAGAAUUAAAAGAAGAAAGUGAUCUUCAAGCUAAUUGGCUGAAGAAAGUUGGCAUCCUGGAUUUCGAAUUCGUGAAGAAUCCACUCAGACUCAACGUUCACGUCUUUACCACAUCGAGUUACGAAGGCAAACCGAAGGAGAGUGAAGAAAUGAAACCACAAUGGUAUCCUGUAAAUUCUAUACCUUAUGAUAAAAUGUGGGCAGACGAUAAAUAUUGGUUUCCAUUAUUUCUUAAAGGCUCCAAGUUUUAUGGAAACUUUAAAUUUUUUGACAACGAUACACUUUUAGAGUAUAAAUUAGAUGAAGUUGAAAAAUUUGAAUAAAAAAUCUUGCUAAUAAAUUUUUAGUUAGACAUUAUUUUUUUACUA